AUGGUGAGCUUGUCGACUAAGAGCUUGCUGGCUCUGCUAUGGGCCAGCGCUGCUCUUGCGACAUCACUUUUUGCUGAACCAAUCUCAAAUCGUGGUCUCGAAGUACGCGACGGAGCAGUUUGCCCAGAUGGUUACACAUCUAAGAACGGCAUGAACUUCACAACGUAUUGCAAGACUAACAACCCCUCUAACGAUGCCUACGGCCCAUUCGCAUCGCCCUCCAUGGCAGAUUGCAUGGAGCACUGCUCUCGCUAUUGGGGCGAUAGCGAAGGCUGCUACGGCAUAGUCUGGCGCGAAGACAACAAAUGCUGGAUCCGCAACAGCACGACCAGUGUAGCCGGCGUAAAAGACUCGACCGACGGCACCCACUCCGCGCUCGUCGCCCCCAACACAUACGCCAAGAUAUCGACGACUUGCCCCGAAGCCGACCUCUCAACCCAUACCCUUGAUGGCGUACCAGGCCUCGGCUAUACCGUGCACUGCAACAAGGUUAUAGAUUCGACGUUUGAUACCUGCUGGUCUGGCUACCCGAAACCGUGCUGGGAUGCGCAGCACUUGGACGGCCAUUUUAUCGGCUUCUACCAUACCGAGACUCUCGAGGAAUGCGUCCGGAUUUGCACUGAUCAGAGUCCUCUCUGCAAGGCUGUGUCGUGGAACCCGGGCUAUGAAAUUGGAUUUGCAAAUUGUUGGCCCAAAAGCGGCUUCAGCGACAACGACAUGUCCACGCCGUCCACAAAGAACGGUAUACUCCACACGGUAACCAUCACUUCUUUCGAUAGUGUUGACGCCGACUGUCCAUCCUCACAGGACUAUACUGCAAGGGGCAAUACAAACUUCAAGAUCCAUUGCGGCCAGCUCAACGAAGGGACGAAUAUCACAUCGAUCCACACGCAGAACAUAACUUCAUGCAUGGACUCGUGCGCUACAACAGACAAAUGUGUAGGCGUCGUAUUCGACUCGACGUUGCAAAACGGUUUCAGCAACUGCUACCUACAGAACACUACAUCAACCAUCAGCAACAAGGCAUCCGCAACCUUCGCCGCGCUCUCCGGCUCCUCCGUCCCCUCUUCCUCAUCGUCCUCGACACCAGGCAACCCCAACCCAUCACCCUCAGACGACAGUGGAAGCAAAGCCUGGAUCGCCGGCCCCGUAGUCGGCGGCCUCGCAGGCCUCGCCAUAAUCGGCGGCGCGAUUUUCCUCUGGCGGCGACGGAAGAACGCCCAAAACAUCCACAGCGAGGGGAAUUCCGGAGGCCCAUACGAUGCAGCGCCAGCGUACUCGCCAGUCGUGACACCGCACGGUGCGCCGCAGCACACGGGCUACUACGAUGCUCACCCCAUGAGCGAGGCGGAUGGCACAGCAGUGAGGACCGAACUGCCCGAGACGACAAAGUACGCGCAUCGCACGGGAGAGGGAGAGGUGCACGAGGCGCCCUGA